UCGAUGCUAAACCCAUGCUCGACGUCUCUGUCGUAAUGUCCUGUCCCACGUUGAACUCCACUCAAGACGUCUGCUCAUGGAUCUCUACUUGAUCACCUGCUUAACCUAACAGAGGCAAUACAGUGCGUCUACUUUCUGUGUGACAGCUACACAUUUUACCCGUUCACCACAGGGUCCUAGUACCCCCAAAACUUCACCUGAGAAAACUACCCUCACUGUCACUGAUCUUGAAUUAUUCCCCUUCUCGGAUCCAGCCCUCCUCUGUUCCCCUUUCCUUUCUUCUCCUGCCCUAUCCUGAACUGUUGGUUUCUCCAUGGCCUUCUCGUCUCGUUUCUCAUUUUGGGAGAAAAAGGUGAAAGAUGAAAACGUACCGGGUGCUAAAGGCUCGAGUUCAGAGAGUGAGAACAGCACGAGUCAACCCCAGACAACACCAUCGGUAAGUGGUCCAACUGAGCGACAGCGAGGGGAACCAUCAACACCGCUGAAUCCAGAGCGGCCAAUGAAUAUAGAUCAGAGGAGCAGUGGGUCCAUUAAUGGAAGACAAGGCAGCAUGGAAUCAGAUACACUGGCAAGAAGAGGACUCAAUCUGGCGAAUAAAACAGGGUCAGAGGAAAAGCAGUCAACAGCUACUUCAGUUCCCAAAACUAGCCGGCCCCUGCAAGCCAGCAGCUCGGUGGAUGGAGACGCUCUUGCUUUCGGGUUGACCAGCCUAAUGGGGCGUGCAAGAAGUAAAGAACAUCGCUCCCGCUCGAGAGCUACCGAACGCAAAGAAACUCAGGAGGAAAGCCAAGAAAGGACUGGGGAAAGUGAGACACCCACAGAGGAACCCCAACUGUCUGUCCCAGCAACCAGUCCACCUCCUAAAGCAGACCCUCUUGCACCUCCUGUAGGCUUUUUACCUCCUAAGCAGAAUCCUCUUACCCCUCCAGCUGGAUUCAUUCCAGCUGCCAAGCCCAAUCUAUUGGCUCCACCUGCUGGUUUUAUCCCAAAACCAAACUCUUCCACUCAACCUACACCCAAUCCUGAUCAUCCUACACCACCCUCAGGAUUUAAUCCUGCUUCUAAAGCAAACCUUUCCACUCAAUCUGUGCCCAAACCUGAUCCUUUAGCACCUCCAGCAGGAUUUCUUCCCCCUCCGAAGCGAGACCCGUUUCCAUCAGUGCCAGGAUUUAUACCCAAGCCUAAAGUUGAUCCACUAGCACCUCCCACAGGGUUUAUUCCUGCGUCCCGGAUGGUCGCUGUACGAAAGCCGGAGGUAAAGGGAGUGUCAAAACCUUCUGCAGCUCCUGCUGGUAAACUUCCGUCACAGAUUUCCACCAUCACCAACCAACAGGGGUCUCAAGUGAUGCCCACCCCAGAGAAUCACAAACAUCUGGAGCAGAACUUCUCUGCAGAAAGACCUCCUGCCAAGGCAGCCGAGGACCCUGUGGCUAUCCUGCAGGCUGCACAUGAAGCUGCCUGUCUGUCUAAGGUGAAGACCGAGGAGCAGCUGGCUGCAGAGAAGGCCUGGUACAACACUGAGAAAGUCUGGCUCGUCCAUAAAGAUGGCUUCUCAUUGGCUACACAGCUCAAGACGGACACAGGAUCUCUCCCAGAGGGGAAAGUAAAAAUCAGACUAGAGCAUGAUGGGACAUUACUGGAAGUGGAUGAGGAUGAUGUGGAAAAGGCGAAUCCUCUGUCAUAUGAUCGCGUGGAGGAUCUCUCGUCUCUCCUGUACCUCAAUGAAUCUAGUAUCCUUCACUCUCUACGUCAGCGUUAUGGUGGAAACCUCAUUCACACAUACGCUGGGCCAAACCUGCUGUUAAUCAAUCCUCUCUGCAGCCCUGCCAUGUACUCAGAGAAGGUGAUGCAGAUGUUUAAGGGCUGCCGGAGAGAGGAAACAGCUCCCCACAUUUUCGCUGUCGCUCAGUCAGCGUAUCAUCAGCUGCUGACCACACGUCAGGACCAGACCAUCGUUCUGCUGGGCAGGAGCGGCAGCGGAAAGACCACCAACACCCAGCACCUGCUGCAGUACCUGGUCACCAUCGCAGCCAGCAGUGGGAAGGUGUACUCAGCUGAGAAAUGGCAGGCGGUGUACACAGUUCUGGAGGCUUUUGGGAACUGCAGUACGGCUAUGAAUGGGAACGCCAGUCGCUUCUCACAUAUCGUCUCUCUAGACUUUGACCAAGCAGGACAGGUGGCAUCUGCAUCUGUUCAGACCAUGCUUCUGGAGAAAUUCAGAGUGACCAGACGACCAGAAGGAGAAUCAAGCUUCAAUGUGUUUUACUAUCUGAUGGCCGGAGCAGAUGCAGCUCUAAAGACUGAACUUCAUUUCAAUCACUUGGCUGAGAACAGCACUUUUGGACUCCAUCCUCCCUCAAAGCUCGAUGACAAGCAGAAAGCCACUCAGCAGUUCACCAAGCUACAGGCUGCCAUGAAAGUGCUGGGAGUCUCUCCUGAAGAACUGAAGACUGUCUGGCUGAUCUUAGGGGCCAUUUACCAUCUCGGUGCUGCCGGGGCCACUAAAGAAACAGACGCAGCUGGCCGAAAGCAGUUUGCCAGACAUGAAUGGGCACAGAAAGCAGCGUAUCUUCUGGGCUGCUCACUGGAGGAGCUGUCUUCUGCCAUCUUUAAACCUCAAGGAAAAGGUACACUACCACGCUCUGCAAGCCUCCGGCCGAGUACGGAAGACACGGACCACGCAGCAUCUAAAGCCACAGCGGCGGAGUGUUUGGAGUCCAUGGCGGCUGGUUUAUACUCAGAGCUCUUCACGCUCAUCAUCUCUCUGAUUAACAGAGCGCUGAAGUCCAGUCAGCACUCUCUGUGUUCUCUGCUGAUUGUGGACACUCCAGGAUUCCAGAACCCUCGGCAGGUGAAGACUCAGAUACAGCGCAGCGCCACGUUUGAGGAGCUCUGCCAUAAUUAUGCUCAGGAACGUCUACAGACGCUUUUUCAGGAGAGAACGUUCGUAAAGGAGCUGGAGCGUUACAAGGAGGAGAACAUUGAAAUCACUCUGGAUGACCUGGAGCCCAGUCCUUCUCGCUCAGUGGCUGUGAUCGAUCAGUCCUCCAGUCAAACCCUGGUACGUACUCUGUCUCGUACUGAUGAAGCCAGAGGUCUGUUCUGGCUGAUGGAGGAGGAGGUUUUACAGCCUGGAGGGUCUGAGGAAACACUCCUGCAGCGACUCUUUAGUUACUAUGGCCCUGCCGAGGGGGAAAGUACAGGUCACACAGUGGUGCUUAAAAGCGAAAACACAAACCACUUUGUGCUCGGACACAGUCAUGGGACAGACUGGGUGGAAUAUGACACAUAUGGUUGGCUGAAUCUAGCCAGGCUAAACCCCACCCCCCAGAACGCAGCCAAUCUGCUGCUGAACUCACAGAAGAAAAGCAUCAGCGGGAUGUUUGUGGGUCGCUCAAGCAGUGCUGCGGUUCUGACCGGAUCUAUUGCUGGACUGGAGGGCGUUUCUCAGCUCGCCAUGCGUCGGGCCACCAGCAUGAGGAAGACUUUCACCACAGGCAUGGCGGCGGUCAAAAAGAAGUCUCUUUGCCUUCAGAUUAAACUCCAAGUGGAUGCACUGUUGGACACCAUCCGCAGAUCCAAAGUUCACUUUGUCCACUGUCUGUUACCCCGAGCGGAGGUUCUGAGGGCCGCAGGGUCUCCAGAUGAGAGCUGUGAUCCUGGACUUAUGCAGAUCGAUGUGGCUUUGCUCAGGGCUCAAAUCCACGGCUUUAAACUGCUGGACAGCUUAAGGAUUUACAGACAAGGUUAUCCCGACCACAUGGUGUUCUCCGAGUUCAGAAGACGCUUUGACGUUCUGGCUCCUCACUUGACCAAGAAACUCGGCCGAAACUACAUCGUGAAAGAUGAAAAACGAGCUGUAGAGGAGCUUUUGGAGUCGCUGGAACUGGAGAAGAGCAGUUAUCACAUGGGUUUGAGCAGGGUGUUCUUCAGGGCUGGAACAGUGGCUAAACUAGAGGCACAGAGGGAUGAACACACUAGACAGAACAUCACACUGUUUCAGGCCGCCUGCAGGGGCUUUCUGUCUCGACAGGCCUUCAAAAAGAGAAAGAUCCAGGAUUUGGCCAUCCGCUGUGUCCAGAAGAACAUAAAGAAGAACCGCGGUGUAAAAGACUGGCCCUGGUGGAAGCUUUUCACCACAGUACGGCCACUAGUAGAAGUUCAGCUCACAGAAGAACAGAUUCGAGGAAAAGACGAGGAGAUCAUGCAUAUGAAGCUGAAGUUGGAGAGGGUGGAGAAGGAGAGAAACGAGCUGCGGUUGACCUCUGAUCGCUUGGAGAGCAGAAUCACAGAGCUGACAGCAGAGCUUUCAGAUGAGAGAAACACUGCAGAGUCAACAUCACAGCUGCUGGAGACUGAAACCAGCGAGAGACUGCGCUUGGAGAAGGACAUGAAGGAUUUACAGGUGAAGUUUGACGCUCUGAAGAAACAAACAGAGUCCAUGGAGAUGGAGAUCAUGGAGGCCAGACUUCUCCGAGCCUCAGACCUCAAUGGAGAGAUGGACGAUGGAGAUGAUGAUUCUGGAGGUGAAUGGAGGCUGAAAUAUGAACGCGCCAUCAGAGACACAGAAUUCACAAAGAAGAAACUCCAGCAGGAGAUGGAUGACAAGCUGGAGACAGAACAACAGAACAAGAGACACCUAGAGAGAAAAUUAGCAGACUUGCAGGCUGACCAGGAGGAGUCCCAGCGAUCAGUCCAGCAGUUAAAGAAGAAAUGCCAGCGACUGGCAGCUGAACUGCAGGACACCAAACUGCACCUGGAAAAUCAAGAGGGACGCAACCAUGAGCUGGAGAGAAAGCAGAGGAAGUUUGACGUGGACAAGAGCCAGGUUCAAGAGGAACUACAGAAAGAGAGGAACCAGCGAGAGAAACUGUCCAGAGAGAGAGAUAUGCUGACCAGUGAGAUGUUCACAAUCAAGCAGCAGUUGCAGGAGAAGGACACGGAGCUGUGUACGGUCAGUCUGAAGGUUGAACAGCUGGAAUCAGAGCUCCAGGAUCUUUCCUCGCAGGAGUCAAAAGACGAAGCUUCUCACGCAAAGGUCAAGAAGCAGCUGCGUGACCUGGAGGCAAAGGUCAAAGAUCAGGAGGAGGAGCUUGACGAACAGGCUGGAAGCAUUCAGAUGCUGGAACAGGCUAAGCUUCGAUUGGAAAUGGAGAUGGAGAGAUUGAGACAAACACACUCUAAAGAGCUGGACAGUAAAGACGAGGAAGUGGAGGAGAUCCGACUGUCCUGCAGUAAGAAGCUGAAGCAGAUGGAAGUGCAGUUAGAAGAGGAAUAUGCUGAUAAACAGAGAGUUCUGAGAGACAAGAGAGAUCUGGAGUCCAAACUGAUGACUGCACAAGAACAGGUUGGCCAGAAGGAUGUAGAAACCGAGAAGCGGCUCAGGAAGGAUCUGAAGCGCACAAAAGUUCUUCUAGCUGACGCUCAGAUCAUGCUGGACCACAUGAAGAGUAACGUGCCCAGCAAAAGGGAGAUUGCCACGCUCAAAAAUAAGUUGGAGGAGUCAGAGUUUGCCUGUGCUGCUGCAGUUAAAGCACGAAAGUCCAUGGAGCUGGAAAUCGAAGACCUUCAUAUCCAGAUGGACGACAUCUCCAAAGCAAAGAUGUCUCUGGAGGAGCAGCUCAGUCGUCUGCAGAGAGAGAAGAAUGACCUGCAGUCUCGCUUCGAGGAGGAUCAGGAGGACAUGAACGAACUCAUGAAGAAACACAAAGCUGCAGUGGCUCAGUCUACGAGAGAUCUGGCACAAAUCAGUGACCUGCAGACUCAGGUGGAGGAGGCCAUGAAGGAAAAACAAGAGAUCCAGGACAAGCUUCACUCUCUGCAGUCGCAGCUUGAAUUUCAGGAACAGUCUAUGGUGGAGAAAUCACUGGUCAGCCGCCAGGAAGCCAAAAUCCGUGAACUGGAGACCAAACUGGAAUAUGAGCGAACCCAGACCAAACGCCUGGAGUCUCUUGUAACCCGGCUGAAGGAGAACCUGGAGAAGAUGACGGAGGAACGAGACCAGCGUGUGGGCUGCGAAAACCGGGAGAAGGAUCAGAACAAGCGAUUGCAGAGGCAGAUCCGGGAUAUAAAGGAGGAAAUGACUGAACUGUCAAAGAAAGAAGCAGAAGCCAGUCGCAAAAAACACGAGCUGGAGAUGGAUAUCGAAAGUCUGGAAGCAGCCAAUCAGAGCUUACAGGCGGAUCUGAAGUUGGCCUUUAAGAGGAUUGGAGACCUUCAGGCCGCUAUGGAAGACGAAAUGGAGACGGAUGAUGAUGAUGACCUCAUCAACAGUUUACAAGACAUGGUGACAAAGUAUCAGAAAAGAAAGAACAAAACUGGAGAUGAAUCAGAUAUGGACUCUGAGGUGGAGGACCGGGUGGAUGGGGUAAAGUCAUUGCUUUCAAAGAGCAAAGGAUCCACCAAGACGCUCUCAGAUGACGGCCCACAGAAAACCACCAGACACCCCAAUUCUGCUAAUGCAGACGUGAAAGAUGUAAAAGAAGGAAAGGAGGGGAAAGAGGAUGUUAAAAAAGACUCAGAUGAGAGCCGUUCGGUGUCUGUGAUAAGUUCGCUUAGCUACAGGAAGCGUGCACAUCAGAAGGACUGGAACGGAGGUGCAGGGGAUGAAACUUCGCUUUUCAGUGCCUUACGGGAGCAGCCGGAGAUGCCUGACCGAUUGUCACUGCGCAAAGCUAAAACCAAAUCCACAGACAGGCCUGGAGAUGACCUGGAUGACCGAGGUUCGGUGAUCUCCCAGGCUUACUCGGAGGCUGCUAUUAGGGCCAGGAAGGGCCUUGAUCGUCGCUGGACCAAGAGUAGUCCAGAAUUUGACAAGGAGUCCAUGGUAUCCUCAGUGGCCCCAAGCCGAGCUUCUACCCGGCGUGGGAUUGACGAAGAUGAAGAUGCGCGCUCUGGGGUGAGCAGCUUCAGCUUGCGGCGUAGUACUUCUUGGAUUGAUGACAGCCGUAGCGAUUAUGGGUCAGCGAGCACCAGUCAUAGGCAACGCUCUAGAAGCCGUAGUCCCGGAAGCACAAGCGUAGGCUCUCGAAUCUCACUGGCACGCAGCACCAGGCUUAGUGAAUUUGGAGUUCGCUUGAAUAAUGAUGAUGUUGAUGAGGAUGAUGAUGUUGACUCAGUGAGCGUGGCAGCAUACAGUCCACGUUCUCAAGGACGGAGUCUGUCUACUCCUGCCCAGAUGCGCUCCUCUGAGAGCCCAGUGGAUGCCUCUGAUAUUAAACCUGUGAGUCACCGCAACUAUCUGGACCCCGAUCUGGAAAAGGCUAUCAAUGAAGUCCUGAGCUUCAAACCAAUUAAAUUUAAACGUCGCAGCUUGGAGGACUCAGAUGAAGAGUUGGAGGGAGGUGGGGGUGCAGGAGAGGACGAAGAUAGAAAGGGCACUAAGAGUUUGCUGCAAGAUAAGGAUGAUAAAGAUCUGGGUCUUACACGUUCUGCUUUAGAUUCUGGACGUUCUGGAAGUUCUAUGAGUUCCUUCAGCUCCAAGAGCAGCAGGAGGAAGAACAAGAAGAAGAGCAGGCGCUCUGAAUCUGACAGCUCCUCCAAUGAGGGUCAUUCUAGAAGGCAUUCAAAACGGAAAGAUAAGAGAGGGUCAAGAAACUCCAGGAAGAAAGAAUCCGGAUCGUCCAAGUCAGAAUCUGAAUCAUCAUCUUCCAGCUCUGCAUCAACUGUUUCAUACCGCAGCUCAAACAGUGUGAAGAGGACAACAAAUCAGAAAGCCUCCGAUGGGGAUCGGGAGAGUCCUGUUGAAGAACGACCCCCCAGCAAAAAAGAAGUGAAGAAACAGAAGAAGAAGGUGGACAACUUGGUCAUGAAAUAUCUGUACAAGCCUGACAGUGAUUAAGGAUCAUUAACAGCCCUCCUCUCUACAGACCACACUCAGUGCAAAAUGAAGACGACAACACUGGACCAGAUGAAGACACUACACAAACUGGAAGAACGGUCCUUAAAGACAGCAAUGGUGAUAUCCAACCCUCGGAAAGCACCGCAUAGAUCUGAUCUGCUGCUCACGUGCACUGAAAAGUGCCUCGGUUUACCUCUUAUUUACUCUAGUACUGACUCACACUCACAUCAGACUCAUUCACAUAAGUCUACAAUGGUACUGAAGAUUAAUGUGUAGUAGAAUAUUUUCUCUGCAACUUUGUGGCACAUGUAUUUAUUUACAGUAGAUCUUGAUCCAUCGACAACUCCUCCAUGAAAAUGAAGUGAUAUAUUAUGAAAAUGAAUGAGUCUUUAUAUCUAACUUAUGCUUAUUUUGUUUGGUUAGAAUAUGAAUCUGCUUUGAUGACAUGUAUUUUGCCUUGAAUUCGCUCGAGUGAACUGUUUAGCACAGCUUUACUGUAGUUUACAUUGAAUUAAAUAGGACGUUUAUCUCUUAUUUCUUUGUUUCUAAAUGAGCUUCUAUUAACCAAAUGGUUUUCUGAAUGGCAGCAUUCUAAUCUUAAACUCUAAGUUUAAACAAUAUGUAUUUUCAUGUGGGGUGCGUUAUGUUUGGGCCUUAAUCAUAUUUAUACCCCCUUAAGUUAAUAUAAAAAUUUUAGCACUACAUCAUUUACUCUGCCAAAAUUGAUUACAGAUGGGAGUGUAAUAACGUAUGUAGUGUGUGUUUGAUGUGUGCAUGUGUUUUGCGUGUGUUUCCUCCCUUUUUUCUAUGCAUUAAAUAAGACUUUUAUUAUGGAAAUUACCUGCAAAAAGAGUCUGUGCAAUGGCUUAUGCAGUAAAUGCAAAUGAUAUAUAAGAGCAAUAUAUAUAUGCAAGGAAGAGUUUUGCAUUUGUUAUUGUAAAUAAAAGAUGCUGGUAAAUUUUUA